AUGAGUGAAUACCACCAGUACGACGGCCCACCGCGCCCGCGGCCGAAGAGAGCGGUAACAGACUAUGGCUCGACGACUGUACAAUGGAUGCGCAACCGCCGCCCACGAUACAAGAAUGUCCUCUUUCCUGAGGUCGAGCGCCCGAGCGCCAGUUAUAUCGUGGAUAUGGCGCCUCCCGCAGCCCGAAUAACCAAUGCCGCGGAAUCGAUACCAGCCAAAGCCCUACACUCGUCCCUGAACAAGGUCAAACAUCCUAUCAAUGUGGUCAAAUGGACGCCUGAAGGACGACGCUUACUCACAGGAUCGACAAGCGGAGAGUUCACAUUAUGGAACGGCAUGGGGUUCAACUUCGAGACCAUUAUGCAGGCGCACGAGUCUGCGAUCCGGGGCGUCGCCUACACACACACCGACGACUGGCUCCUCUCGGCAGACCAGACGGGUAUCAUCAAGUACUGGCAGACGAACUUCAACAACGUGAAGGAGAUUCAGGCUCAUACGGAAGCAAUACGAGGGCUUGCGAUCGCACCGACGGAUUCAAAGUUUGUGACCGCAGCCGACGACACGACACUGAAGAUCUGGGAUUUCGCCUCGAGCACAGAAGAAUCGACGUUGAACGGACACGGUUGGGAGGUGAGGACAGUCGAUUGGCAUCCAACAAAGGGACUGCUCUGCUCUGGGUCAAAGGAUCACACGGUCAAGCUGUGGGACCCGCGGACAGGCCGCUGUCUCUCGACACUACAUGGACAUAAAAACCCAAUAGCAAAGACUUUGUUCGAGCCUGUUCUCGGCAACAUGAUGGCAACUUGCGCCCGUGACCACACCGCGCGCAUCUUUGACCUGCGCAUGAUGCGCGACGUGCUGCUGCUGCGCGGCCACGAGAAGGACGUCACAACCAUAUCGUGGCAUCCCAUGCACAAGAACUUGCUCUCGACGGGCGGAGUGGACGGGAGCAUCAUCCACUGGCUCCUCGAUGAGCAGAAUGCGCCCCCCGGUGUGGCACCAACAACAUCACCAUAUGAUAUGGCAGACCCGCAGAACGCGCCCGCACAAACCAUAUAUCCCGCCCAUAAAGUCCAGUACGCCCACGACUUCACCGUCUGGACACUUGAUUGGCACCCUCUCGGUCACAUCCUCGCCUCUGGCUCCAACGACCGCGUCACCCGCUUCUGGGCGCGCCCCAGACCCGGAGACUCGACCUGGGUCAGCGACAGAUAUCACAUCGGGACGGCCGCCGCCGAAGCCCAGGGCACCUACGACCGGCGCGACGGCCGCCGGCAACUGCGCGACGAAGAAGAGCAAGAAGCCGAAGACGAAGCGGAAGGCCUCGUCGACCAGAAAAUGCCGUCCAAGAACCCCGCUUCCCUAUUACCACCAGGCCUCACGCUUCCCGGCCUCAACACCUCGCCCGACGGCACCAGCAGCAUACUUCCUGGAAUUGGCGGUGCGAUCCCUCCGCCACCCGCGGGAAUGCAUAUACCGCCUCCCCCGCCAGGAGCUGGCUUUCCUCCCCCAGGCUUUCCUCCGCAUGGCAUGGAUCCUUCGCGUCUUGCACAGCUCAUCGCCUCAGGCGCUCUGCCACCGCCUCCCAUACCAGGAGCGAACAAUGCGCCUGGUCAACCGCCGCCCUUCCCCUUCCCUCCACCAGGUAUGCCAGGCGCACCCCUCCCAUCCCACCAGGUAUGA